CCAUUGUCACAGUUAUCUCAAGGAAACCCUUGUACACAACUAUGCUAUAGUUUGUUGGUUCCAAGUACCUCCAGAGUUGAAGCUUCAAAAUUCUCUCAAGUUAUUGAAGCUGAACAUACGUGGUCUGGUUGAGAUGAGCCUUCUUAGUUCACUAUUUCCUCUUCUCCUUCUAGUGUUUACUGGGAUUCCAAAGGUGCACGCUUCUGCCAUCCUAAGAAGCCAAGAGGGAAACAUGACUAAUCCCUCCACUGCCACGCUCUCCGGUUGUCGGAUGAGCUGUGGCAAUCUGACCUUCAACUAUCCCUUCGGCAUCGGCUCUGGCUGCUUCCGCGACCCCGACUUCAGCCUCAAUUGCAAUGACACUGCACAACCGCCCAGGCUCUUCCUCAAUGAUGGCACCACGGAGGUUGUUGGUAACAUCAAUGAUAUUGAUCAUGAUUCUUACUAUUAUGAUUAUUAUUUCGAUGUUGCCUUCUCCCAGAUCAUAACCAUGAGACCUGGGAUCGACCAUCACAGUAUGUCCUGGAGAGCUCCUGGGAGAUCUUUUUCCCUAGGCUAUGCCCAUUUAAACAUCACUGGUUGUGGCUUUGACAUGUACUUGAUCAAUCAAGACAUGGAUACCACCAGGCCGUACUGCACCAUGACUUGCCCUAACAAAGAAAUCACAGACAGUGUGGCUAGGCAGAACUGCAAUGGUACUGGUUGUUGCUCCGUCAACUUCGACAACAGCUUUCAGAUCCGAUUUGUCCGCCACACAACAGGGGGGCUCGAGCCGCACUCCAAAGGAAGCUCACUGUGGGAUAGUAUAAACAUCACCACCGAUUAUGCCUAUUUCACAUGGAGCAUCAUGGAUCAGCUGAGCUGUGCUGGCGCUGUGGAGAACAAGUCGAGCUAUGCUUGUAUCAGCAGGCUCGGAUGGUGCGAUGACUCCAAUGUGCCAAUGAAUGUUGGGUACCUCUGCCGGUGCAAUGCUGGCUACGGUGGUAACCCAUACAUUCUUGAUGGUUGCUCACGGGACAAAGGAUACAAUCCAAUUCAGAGGAUGAAUUGUCCCAGUACGUGUGGAAAUAUCACUGUUCCAUUUCCAUUUGGUCUCGAAGAAGGUUGCUUUGGGAGAGAACAAUUUCGCCUCAACUGCACAAACACGACUUCCUCUAUCGUCUUAAUUGGAAAAUAUGAUGAAGUGGUAUCCAUUGAUGUCGAUGAUGGGCUUAUCAAAUACAGCUUACCUUUUGAACGGGAAGGACCAAUUUCCACUAUAUCCGGUCUUUUUCUUCCUUCUGAGGAAUCAGUCUCUUUGCAUUGGGCCAUUGCAAAUUUGACAUGUCUUGAAGCACAGCAGAACAAAAGUGGAUAUGGGUGUGUUAGCAACAACAGCAUGUGUGUGAUGGUCAACUCAACACGUGUUUAUAUUGGUUACCGUUGCAAAUGCUCUCCUGGUUUUACAGGAAAUCCAUAUACCCAAAACGGCUGCUUAGAUGUUGACGAGUGCCUUCAACCUAACAUAUGUAAUGGGACCUGUGACAAUACAAUAGGAAGCUUCAAGUGUACCAAAUGUCCUCAGAAGACACUGUACGACCCAGUAAGAAUGCACUGUACUGCAAUCAAAGAACAGAAUCUUCUGUUAGGUAUCAUCAUUGGGCUAUGCAGUGGUUUUGGCAUUCUACUUGUAAGCUUAAUUGGAAUCAUUCUCAUACACCGAUGGAAAAGCGACAUCCAGAAGCAACUACGAAAGAAGUACUUCCAGAAAAAUCAAGGACUUAUCUUGGAGCAGUUGAUAUCAUCUGAUGAAAAUGCGAGUAACAGAACAAAGAUUUUCUCCUUAGAAGAGCUAGAAAAGGCAACAAAUAACUUUGAUCCUACACGGAUCCUUGGUCACGGAGGACAUGGCAUGGUGUACAAAGGCAUCUUAUCAGACCAACGUGUUGUGGCGAUAAAAAGGUCCAAGGACAUUGAGGAAAGUGAGAUCAGUCAAUUCGUUAAUGAGGUUGCAAUUCUCUCUCAAAUCAAUCAUCGAAAUGUUGUCAAGCUCUUUGGAUGUUGUCUUGAAACCGAGGUCCCACUCUUAGUGUAUGACUUCGUCUCCAAUGGUUCGUUAUUUGAAACUCUACAUUGUGAUGCUAGUGGUGGUUUCUCUUUGUCAUGGGACAACUGUCUGCAGAUUGCUGUGGAAGCUGCAGGAGCUCUGUAUUAUCUUCAUUCAGCAGCCUCUGUAUCAGUCUUCCAUCGUGAUGUGAAGUCUUCUAAUAUACUGCUAGAUGCAAACUACACUGCCAAAGUUGCAGACUUUGGCUCAUCGAGGUUGGUUCCUAUUAAUCAAACUCAUGUUGUCACAAAUGUACAAGGCACAUUUGGGUACUUAGAUCCGGAGUAUUACCAUACUGGGGAGCUGAACGAGAAGAGUGAUGUAUACAGUUUUGGUGUAGUACUUGUGGAGCUGCUCCUAAGAAAGAAACCUAUUUUUACAAAUGAGUCGGGCUCAAAACAGAACUUAUCCAAUUAUUUUCUCUGGGAGCUGAAAGGGAGGCCAAUCAAAGAGAUAGCAGCUGCUCAAGUUUCCGAAGAAGCAACCGAGGAAGAGAUCAAAAGUGUUGCCUCGCUUGCGGAGAUGUGCUUGAGGCUCCGGGGUGAAGAGAGGCCUACUAUGAAAGAAGUCGAGAUGACUUUGCAGUUCUUGCGAACUAAGAGGUCAAACUCAUGCCAUGUCGUUCCAGAAAACGAUGAAGAAAUGCAACUACUCCUAUGUACUGGAUCUGAAGCUAGAUGCGAGUCGCUGAACUUUGGCGACAAUAGUGCAAAUUUUGGGUCCCAAUACAGCCAAAAAUGCUAUAGCUUGGAACAGGAGUUGGGAUCGUCUACUGGGUUGCCACGGUAAGGGCCAGCAUGUGAACAUUAGUAGUACAUGUAUUUUGGAGGAAAAGGUGCUCUCAGAACUCCAGAAGAAAAAACACCUGCACCAACACUCCUGGUUCACAAGAGAUUCUGGGGAGGGACAUCACCAGGCUUGGCCGAAGGAGGAGCCUGUCAAACUCAGCUCAUUCUAUCAAUCUAUCUGUUGUAUACUAUAAUUUUCCUUCUGCUGUAAGUAAUUUGUGGCCGAGGCCUGUAACUGUAUGCUCUUUUUUUUUUGCCGGUAAGAAACUGUAUGCUCCUUAGCUUUUGUAUGCUUUUUUUUACGAACAGAGGCCUCCCUCCGAUUUCAUUAAAAGAAAUCAUA